CCGGGACCGCUUCUAGUAGUUUCUAGGCGCUGCGAGCUAGCGGGAGGGACCAGCGAGCUAGACAAGGUCCUGCGGCGCGGUGGUUGCUGUGGCUGGCUCGGAGCUGGUGGCGGCGUGCUAAGGAGAAGCCGAUGGCCAAGUGGGGUGAAGGCGACCCGCGCUGGAUCGUGGAGGAGCGGGCCGACGCCACGAACGUCAACAACUGGCACUGGACAGAGAGGGAUGCUUCAAAUUGGUCAACAGAUAAGCUGAAAACCCUAUUCCUGGCAGUGCAGGUGCAGAAUGAGGAAGGCAAGUGUGAGGUGACAGAAGUGAAUAAGCUCGAUGGAGAGGCAUCAAUUAACAAUCGCAAAGGCAAACUGAUCUUCUUUUAUGAGUGGAGUGUCAAACUUAACUGGACAGGUACCUCGAAGUCUGGAGUACAGUACAAAGGGCAUGUGGAGAUUCCUAAUUUGUCUGAUGAAAACAGCGUCGAUGAAAUAGAGAUUAGUGUGAGCCUUGCCAAAGAUGAGCCUGACACAAAUCUCGUGGCCUUAAUGAAGGAAGAAGGGGUGAAACUUCUAAGAGAAGCCAUGGGAAUUUACAUCAGCACCCUCAAAACAGAGUUCACACAAGGCAUGAUCUUGCCUACAAUGAAUGGAGAGUCCGUAGACGCAGCUGGGCAGCAAGCACUGAAAAAUGAGGAGCGCAAGGUUAAGUCUUCUGCUCCUUCAAAAUCCCAAUCUAGACCUGUUGGUGUAAAAAUCCCUACUUGUAAGAUCUCCCUUAAAGAAACCUUUCUGACAUCACCUGAGGAGCUCUAUCGAGUGCUUACCACCCAAGAGCUGGUCCAGGCCUUCACCCAUGCUCCUGCAGUGCUUGAAGCAGACAAAGGUGGGAAGUUUCAUCUAGUAGAUGGCAACGUCUCUGGGGAGUUCACCGAUCUGGUACCCGAGAAACAUAUUGCAAUGAAGUGGAGGUUUAAAACAUGGCCAGAAGGGCACUUUGCCACCAUCACCUUGACUUUCGUUGACAAGAAUGGAGAGACUGAGCUGUGCAUGGAAGGCCGAGGCAUCCCUGCCCCAGAGGAAGAGAGGACGCGGCAGGGCUGGCAACGGUACUACUUCGAAGGCAUCAAACAGACCUUUGGCUAUGGCGCACGCUUGUUUUAGGGCUUGCAGCAGGGUGCUACCACCUGCCCAAUGCAUCAGUCCAGCCCUUCUCCUGACCAGGGCUUUGGGACUCAAAGGAUUGCACCAUCCCAACCAAUAAUUUGAGCCCCAGGCUCGUUCCCUCCACAUAUACCAUGGGUUUGUGCAUGUAUUCUGCAGGGUGGGAUCAAAGGAUGAUUUCUCUUUUAUGUGUACAUAACGCUAAAUAAAAGUAAUUUUUAAAAUGCA